CAUUUCCCCGAUGUUUCAAAGUUCAAGCACAUUUUCCACGUAAACAAACGCGGCCUCUUUUUUUUUUCCGCUUAGGCUGCCCUAUAUUUUCACCCAUGCACCAGGGGAGAGUUAAAGGAGGCUGGAUAACCAGGGGAGAGUUGAAGAAGGCUUGAUCGUUUUUUUCUCUCUUCUCAUCGCACCAUCGCAGUUCCAGUAUAUAUUUGAUCGAGGAGUGUGAUAGUGGGAAGAGAAAAUGGCAGAUCAGCGACUGACUCGUAUUGCUAUCGUAAAUUCUGAUCGCUGCAAGCCCAAGAAAUGCCGCCAAGAGUGUAAAAAGAGCUGCCCUGUUGUUAAAACGGGUAAACUUUGUAUCGAGGUUUCGCCUGCCUCAAAGAUUGCUUAUAUUUCAGAAGAGUUGUGCAUUGGAUGUGGUAUUUGUGUGAAGAAAUGCCCAUUUGAUGCUAUCCAGAUAAUCAAUCUGCCCAAAGAUUUGGAUAAAGAUACAACUCAUCGAUAUGGCCCAAACACGUUCAAGUUGCACAGGUUGCCAGUUCCAAGACCUGGGCAAGUCCUUGGACUUGUUGGGACAAAUGGCAUAGGGAAGUCAACUGCUCUCAAAGUUUUGGCUGGGAAAUUGAAACCUAAUUUGGGUCGGUAUAAUAAUCCUCCUGAUUGGCAGGAAAUAUUGACAUAUUUCCGGGGAUCGGAGCUUCAAAAUUAUUUCACUCGUAUAUUGGAAGACAAUUUAAAGGCUAUCAUAAAGCCUCAGUAUGUUGAUCACAUACCUAAGGCAGUGCAAGGGAAUGUUGGUCAGGUGCUUGAUCAAAAAGAUGAGAGGGAGAUGAAGGCUGAACUCUGCCAUGAUCUAGAGUUGAAUCAGGUUAUAGAUCGAAAUGUUGGGGACCUAUCAGGUGGAGAACUGCAGAGGUUUGCUAUUGCUGUUGUUGCAGUUCAGAAUGCUGAAAUAUACAUGUUUGAUGAGCCAUCAAGUUAUCUUGACGUAAAGCAAAGGCUAAAAGCCGCACAAGUAGUUCGAUCUUUACUCCGUCCGAACAGCUAUGUGAUCGUUGUUGAACAUGACCUGAGCGUCCUUGAUUACUUAUCUGACUUCAUUUGCUGCCUUUAUGGGAAGCCUGGAAUUUAUGGAGUUGUGACACUUCCAUUUUCUGUCCGAGAAGGAAUCAAUAUCUUUUUAGCGGGAUUUGUUCCUACUGAGAAUCUUCGUUUCCGGGACGAGUACCUGACAUUCAAGGUUGCAGAGAAUCCACAGGAAAGUGCUGAGGAAAUUCAGACCUAUGCACGAUAUAGAUACCCAACCAUGAGUAAAACUCAGGGAAAUUUCAAGCUUACAGUGGUUGAGGGUGAAUUUACCGAUUCUCAGAUUAUUGUAAUGUUGGGUGAGAACGGGACUGGGAAGACAACAUUUAUCCGCAUGCUUGCUGGUCUACUGAAACCUGAUGUGAUCGAAGGUUCAGAUGUGGAAAUUCCCGAAUUUAAUGUUUCUUACAAGCCCCAGAAGAUUAGCCCUAAAUUCCAGCACACUGUCAGACAUUUACUGCAUCAGAAAAUUCGGGAUUCAUAUAUGCAUCCUCAGUUCAUGUCAGAUGUCAUGAAACCCCUUCAAAUUGAGCAACUGAUGGAUCAGGAAGUUAUAAAUCUAUCGGGUGGAGAGUUGCAGAGGGUAGCACUUUGCCUCUGUCUCGGCAAGCCUGCUGACAUCUAUCUAAUUGAUGAGCCAAGUGCAUAUCUGGACUCCGAGCAGCGUAUUGUGGCUUCAAAGGUCAUCAAGAGGUUCAUCCUUCAUGCCAAGAAGACUGCUUUUGUUGUGGAGCAUGACUUUAUAAUGGCGACUUACCUGGCAGACAGAGUUAUUGUGUAUGAGGGAAAGCCAUCAGUGGAUUGCACUGCAAAUGCUCCUCAGUCCCUGUUGACUGGAAUGAACUUAUUCUUGUCGCAUCUGGAUAUUACAUUCAGGAGAGAUCCGACCAAUUAUAGGCCUCGAAUCAACAAAUUGGACUCUACAAAGGACAGGGAACAGAAGUCUGCUGGGUCCUAUUACUAUCUAGAUGAUUGACAGUUUUUUUCACAGCUGUUUGUGCAGGUCCUUGAGGUUUCAACUUCCAUCCAAGCUGUGGAACAUCUCAGUACUGAGAGGAACUUCUAUUUAUUUUUUGCAUGCUGUGUUUGUGUGUUCUUCUUGAGCUCAUCUUCAGUGGCGUGAAUUAGGAAUUAAAAUAGGAUUUUUUUUUGAAUGGGCUGUCUAAUAGUUAGUUACAAUCAACUUUCAAGGAUUUUGGAAAUUAGUGCUACCUCUCAUUUUGUGUGUAGUCGACCCCAGUGUAUUAUGCCCAGUUCAUCCAGGAUGCAGACCUUAGACCCAUCCCUGGCCUUUGAAGAGGUUGGUUAUAUACUGUAUGGCCCCAGAGGUUUGGGGUUGCAGAAGAGGAUGGUUUUUGGGGGUUGCAGAAGAGGAUGGUUUUGAAGUGCUCUCUUUUUUCUAUUCGUUAUAUUUAUCUAUAGAAAGUUUAGACAAAUUGAUUUGAAAAUUUGAUCAAACUGCUGUGUAAGUUAAUAGUUUGGGAAAGAGUUCUUAAUCUUCCAAUUGAGUAUUCUAAUAAGGAUUGAAAUUACUGAAUCGUAGAUUUCAAGAGUUUCCCUGGG